AUGGCGGACUUGGCUAUCACAACUAUACCUGCCUCACCUCCUCCCUUUUUGCUCCCUAAUGCAACUUUCAUGCGAUUGCUCUCCGAACCCGUUUCUCGGGAUCUCGUCGGCGAAGGGGAAGAUUCGGGCGCAUUUGGCCCGAAGACUCCACUUUACGGAUAUCACAAUCUCGUCGGCAAAGGGAAGAUUCGGGCGCAUUUGGCCCGAAGACUCUACUUUACGGAUAUCCCGAAGUCGCUCAGCCAUUCGCUUAUGAACGAACACUUUGAAGUGUCACUCAAUCUGACAACUGUGUUACAAGUUUCAAAGAUAUAUACACCGUUCACAAUGCGAGUCACCCGCUGUGGCAUUCACGGAUUCCAUGAAGUCCUCGGUGUCGAUACUGAUGAGCUGCGCUUCUACUGGGCACUGGAGAGCAGUGUUGAGAAUUCUGUUCAAGUCGCUUACCGUAUCGUCCUUGCAACAGACUCAAAGCUUCUUGAAGUAGCUGAGCCAGAUGUGUCGAACCUUGCAUGGGACUCUGGUCGCGUUGAGAGCAAUGAGCAGCGCAACAUAUUGUGCAAGCCUUCUCAUGGCUUCAAGUCCACAUGCAGCUACUACUGGCAAGUGAGAGUCUGGGACAAUGAACAACAAGUACACUAUGGCCCCACUCAACACUUCUUUACGGGCUAUCCUCGAUCCCGUCGGCUGCCUCCGUACAGCAUGAACCAAACAUACAUGCCACACUCCAGUCUCAUUUUCCGCACGUGGUUCGAAGAUGAGGCAAACAGAUGGAAAGCUGUUUGGAUUGGCGAUGGAGGUGAUAAGCCCAUCUAUCUCCGAAAGUCUUUUCAACUAGCAAAGCAGCCCACGCACGCUAUUCUCUUUGCCUCUGGCCUGGGUCACUUCAAUAUGAGUCUCAAUGGUCAACCCGCAUCUGAUCACCGUCUGGAUCCCGGUUGGACCAACUAUCACCGAAGAGUUCAAUUCACAUCUUACGAUGUGACUGCCCAUCUCAGCUUGGGUGCGAACGCCUUGGGCGCCCACGUAGGCAACGGAUUCUAUGCCGGCGACCAGGGCGAGGAUCGCUUCUUCUGGCCUAUGUAUGAGGACAACACUUACGUCCGAUACGGCAACGAACUCUGCUUCUUCUGUGAACUUCAUCUCUUCUACGGGGAUGGAAGCCGUGACACACUCAUUUCCGAUCCCACUUGGCGAGUGCGGAAGAGCGCAACAACCCUGGCCAAUAUCUAUGCGUCGGAGAAUCAUGAUCGUCGACUCUACCCCACCAAUUGGGAUACGCCAUCCUUUGACGACAGCAACUGGGCUUUAGCGAAGCCUCUGACUGGCCCCCGAGGUCACAUCUUUUAUCAGACACAACCACCAGUAGUGUUACAUGAAACCUUUCGUCCUGUCAGAGUCUACAGUCCCAGCAAUGGGGUGGUUUGCUUUGAUCUCGGUCAGAAUGCCUCGACUAUGGUUCAGUUGGUACUCGAAGGUACUUCAGGCUCUGAGGUCACUGUCAGAUAUUCGGAGACGGUCAGUGAAGACGGCACCGUGCUCAUGCCCGAUCCUCUAUUCAAACAGUUUGAGACUGGUGUCUUCUCCCGAAUCUAUCUUGCUGGUACUGGAAAGCCUGAAACGUGGGAACCCGACUUCAGCUUUACAAGUGCUCGGUAUGUCCAGGUCGAGGGGGUAUCGUUGACUCCUGGAGAAGGCCUUCCUAUUGUUCACUCCGUGGUGGGUCGCCAUAUUUCUUCUGCUGCCAGACGACUUGGCACGAUGAAGACCGACAAGGCGGACGUCAAUGCACUUCUCAAUGCGUGUUAUUGGACUUUCAAUAGCAAUCUCUUCAGUUAUCAUACCGAUUGCCCACAGAUCGAGAAAUUCGGCUGGCUGGAAGUCACACAUCUUCUCGCACCUGCCACACAAUAUAUUCGCGACAUGGAAUCUCUUUACACUAAGAUCUUGGAUGACAUCCUUGACACUCAAGAGCCCAACGGUCUCGUGCCAACCAUGGCUCCCGAGAUCCGCUACAUGUGCGGACCACUUCAUGACACCAUCACCUGGGGCUGUGCGCUCUGCUUCUUGCCCGAUAUAUUACUGAAGUACUAUGGUUCCACCCACGUCUUUCCUCAGGUCUAUCCCGCUGCAGUGCGCUAUAUGGAAUACAUGAGAACAAAGGAACGUCUUGGGGGGUUGAUCGAGCACGGUCUAGGUGACUGGGGCCGUGACAUUGCCUUUGGUAACCACCAGGCUAACAUCGAGACUGCCAUCUACUAUCGAUGCCUCCAAUGUGUUGAGAUGAUGGCUAGAGAGCUCGGCAAGGCAGACGAGGCCGAGAGGUUCCGACGAUGGGCAUCUCGGAUCUACAACGUCUACAAUCAGCACCUCCUCGUGACUGAUGACCCGUCUCGUCCAUAUGCGUAUUAUACUUCCCUAGACAACUACCCUGAACGCGAUUGUACUGCCAUCAGCCAAGCCAUGGCUUUGCAAUUCAAGCUUGUUCCUGUCGAACAUCAAAAAGAUGUCAUGGCUGCUUUCGUGAACGAUUGCUCUGACGGGAGAAUGCGCGCCGGUGAGAUCGGCCUGCGCUUCUUGUUCAACACCCUUGCAGAUGCCAAGCGGCCCGACCUGGUCCUUCAAAUGGCGCGACAAGAAGAGCACCCUUCAUACAUGCGCUUCCUUCGUACCAUCUAUGAGUGGUUUUACGCGGCGAUUCUCGGAUUGAAGCCCGUGGGCAAUGCUUAUCGUACCUUUGAGAUCGAGCCUCCCUAUGAAGCAGAGUUUGACUUUGUCGAAGGCGCUGUGGACAGUCCAUAUGGUCUGAUUGAAGUCAAGUUCCAGCGUGACGCUAAGAAAGUGGUAACUGUCAACCUUCGUGUUCCCUUUGGUACUUCGGCAAUCGUAAAGAGGCCCACCAACUCGCAGGUGGAAGUCACCAGAGAAGGAUGCACAAAGACUAUGAUUGGGGAUGACACAUUGCAAGUGCAACAUGGCAAUUACCAGAUAACCAUCCAACCUUCUUCAUAG